AUGUGGCAUCAUGGUCUUGUUACAAGUGUCGCCUCCUUCCGUCUGCUCUCACGCCGUCAAUUUUCUCCAUCUUGUUCAUUUGUGCCUCUUGUUCGGUUCCUGUCCAUUUCGUCUCCACUUCAGUAUGGGAAAAGACGUGCAAUUGAGCUGAAAUAUCACGAUGGGACAUGUACAUUGGCAGUGCCACUGCCUCUAAACGGUUUUGAUGAAGAACGAGUUUUUAGUAUCCCACCUGAAACGACGGUCGCUGAUAUUAUCGCUCAGAUUGAAGCCGAGGAUAAGUCCGUACAAAGUGUAGCCAUUCGAUCCACUAGUGGAAAAGCAUUUGAUCUUGAAGAUACGUUGGAAAAAGUGCUCGUGGAUGACUUUGAAUUGCUGUUGAAUGAUCAAGUGCUGUCUGUUCGAGCCCCUGUGUUUACUGGAAGUGCAUACCAGAGUCUCGCAGAUGAUGGAGACUUGGAUGUUCGAUCGGUGGCACAGAAAGCAGCUAUCAUUAUGCUGCGUAGAGAUCUAGAGGGAAUGGGCAAAUGGAAAAUUAGCUAUCCAGAGUUUAUACACAUGUGCCAAGAGAGAGGUAUUCCGAAAAAACAAGCACCCGAGGUACUGCAGGCGUUCCAUCAGUCAGGAGUCGUGUUUUACUUUGGCAAGUCGAACGAUGAAGACUUGAUCCACUCGGUGUUCCUACAGCCACGUAGUAUUCUGGACUCGUACUUGGAAUCCAUUGGACUAUCACCACUCUCGUCGCAGCUCUUUCAGCAGCAGCGAGAAGCACUGCUUGAGAAAAUUCAGGUGCUGGAACCAGAACAUGUGGCACUUGUCAAUCUUCGUCGGGAGUUGGAGCUCACUGCGACGCGACAAGCCAAUAUCAUUGCGUACGGGUUGUCAACGUCGCUUGUUGGAACUUUUGGACUUUACUUCUGGUUGUCAUUCAUUCACUUUUCGUGGGAUAUUAUGGAACCAGUGACGUAUUUCACAGGUUUUGGUGUCUCCAUUAUCGGCUAUGCGUGGUGGAGUAUUACAAACCAGGAAUACGAGUACGAGAACAUAUAUCACUACGUAUAUACCCGACGUCUUCGGAAGCAAAUGGUCAAGUCAAACUUCAACCAGCAGCGGUACGACGCUAUAACGGGGGAGUUACGUCAAGCAAAGGAGCAAUUGGCACAGGUAGAUCUCGUGCUUAGCAAGUCAACACCGCUACAGGCCAAUUACUUACAUUUGCUGGACAUCAAACGUGAAGUAAAGCCGCCAGUUCUCAGCUCCAUGCUUGCGUGUCAAGGACGAGGAUAA